CAAGUAUUUUGCAUAAUCGUUGCUGCUUAAGUCGGAUACCCCGCCGUCGUCCUGGUUCUCAUUCGCCGUGGGGUUUGGUCAAAGGACGAUCCAAGCAAGUGGCUUAGGAUAGUGUAAAGGUCCGGACGCGUUCGAGUCCACCCGCUGGGAGAGAUCCUCGUUUUGCGAUCAGAUUCCUUCGAAAUGCACUAUCGUAUCAAUACAUGACCUCCAUAUACAAUGGAGUAUACCGUAAAGCUUGAUCAUGCAAUUCCCGAGGUUCGGAAGCGGGCAUUUGAACACCUAAAAUUCAAACUUCGUACUGGCAUUGUAUCUGUUGAUGAGAUAGCACAUGAACGGGGUGCUCUCGAGAAGAUCCUUAAAUAUAUUGGUAUUGGGAAUUCCGAGCAUGAAGAGAUCCACACUUCUUUAGAGCUCUUGCAAGAUCUUUGCAAAAAUUCCACUACUCGGACAAAUCUCGUGGAGCUUGGGGUUCGAGACGUUCUGGAACGACUGCGGGAAAAUAUUCAUGAGAGCGGUAGCGUUGCACUACUCGAUGACAUUCGAGAACGUCUUCGGCACCUUCCUGGGCAAGUCGAAAGCCCAUUGAUCUACCAACGAGCUCAGUAUAGUGGUGAAUAUGAAAAAGCAGUCAGCUCUCGGCAACCUUCCCUCGGGCAUUAUAGUCCUGACCGAAGACCGACUACCGCUAGCCCAGUGAAUAGGAGAAUUGGAUCCCCGGACCACUGGGAGCAAGGAGGUGCUCCGCAUCCUCUGCCAUACUUGCCUUAUGCGAUCCCGACAUACGAAGUCAUCCAGCUAACAGCAGCGGACGAAAGAAUUAUUGAUGAGUUUUGUACCAUUCAUACAAUGUCGGGUGGAUGGGACAGAGAGCGUGGGCGCGAGCUUUUUGAUAUUUUGUUGUUGGACUUUGGAGCGGGCAUCUUUUUGCAAAAGUCACAGCUAUUUCGGACCAUUUUGAGCAAUGCCACUGCGGAUGUGACAUCCCCGUCAUGUAUGUACCUCGAAGAGUUACUCCUGCAGUGGCAGAACCACUUUCGAAAAUGUGCAGAUGUGACAAGUAAACACUGCACAUUGACCCCAUCAACGGUCGUACCUGUCUCCAUCGGCCCAAGUCUAUUUGCAGAGCACGGUUCAUCAGUUACAGAUUACAUGAUAAGCAUCCCAUUUGCCUGCCACGAGGUGUUCGUCACGAUGAUACCCUUAAUGCGUCACCUAAAAUGGAUGCCUGAAGUGUUAAGGAUCUUGUACAAUGCUCUACCUUUUUUCAAAUUACACUUGAGCAUGGCAAGUGCUCAAACUUCACAGCACAUUUCGCACAAGGUGAUCGUAUCCUACGUUCAAUCGGUUACGGCGAUUGUUGACUAUCAUGGUGCGAUGGUGGAGAGGAGUCAUGGGGAAACUAUAUGCGCCGAAUAUCUUUACGCCAGAGAAAGAUGCGCUCUAUUUGCCUUCGACUUGCUCGAUGCACUCAUAUCGCUGGAAGAGGAUUGGAACUUUUCCGAAUUGUUGUGGGAAGUGGUUGAACUCUUUUCUAGCAUGCCAAACUCAAAUGCAGUCCCGGGUAGCCUUAUUACCUACCUCUUGACCAAGCCAUCCCCUCUUCCGAAUGCAAUCCUUUUGUAUCUGUUACGCCACGAAAAUUCCUGGGUUCGCCUGCAGGCCGUUGAGCGAUUAAAAGACGCCUGGAAUGACACAGAACAGAAGAGCGCACUAUUUUGUUCUGCACCUUUGGUCAUUGCGUUGAUAGAGACUGCCUGUGAAAGCGCGGAUGGCCAGACACUACAAGUCGUCUACCCUAUGUUGCAGAAAUCAAUCCUUUCCUGUAUCGAUCCCUCUCUCAUCUGGAGCAUCUUACCAUGGCUUCAACUUAUGUACGACGCAGACGAAGGAAAGCUAAUGAAAUCCGCCAUGAAUAUUGCGGAACACAAAGGACAUGAGCAUGAUGAGAUUUCAUUCUGGACAAGAGCUCUGUUACAUAAAGACAAACGAUUACGGCAGGAGGCCGUGUCACACCUGAUGGCUUGUGUUCCUGACUUAACAGCUGCAGCGGGGAAUCUGGAGGACUGUGCGAACACGCUGCUUAUUCCUUCAUCUCUUUUGGCUAUAAUACAAGCUGACAGAUCAAGUGCAGCAAUGGUAGACAAGUCCGCCAGCGUAGAACGGUUCUGCAAUUCCUUAGAAUCCUCGUUGCCCAGUGAUGGUGACCUUAAGGAUGAUCUGCGUGACAUUGCCGACGGUAUUUUUGUAAGGGCAACCAAACAGCGCGCCAAAGAUCUGGGCCUCCAUCUGAGGUUACUGAAGCUAUUGAAUCAAUCUGGCGCGUCGUGGCUCAUGCACCCUGGCGUGUUGCUGCGGGCUUUCAUCAUUCUUCGGGUAUUAGUUGAAACGGACGUCGGAGUGCGUUCUGAUUUGAUUCAGGAUCGGACCUUUGUCCGUACCCUUGCCCGAUAUAUUUUCCACUUCGAAGCGCAAUUACGAUACGAACUAGCGCGGAUCUUUUCCAGCCUGUUCUUUAUGGAUGAUCAAUUAUGUACCAAUGUCCACCGGGUCGUUGCGAGCAAAUUCUACCUGUACAUGCCUAGUAAUGCAACGGUUGAUGCCAGUGGUCCGGAGCGCAUCGCAGAAGAUCCGGCUAUGGUCCGCACGAUACUAGACUUUCUUUCAUCAUACAGGGGCAAUGUGCGCUUGUCCCAGUCAGAAACACAUAUGCUUGAGAACUGGAACAAUCCCUUUUUCUGGAAGAUUGAGCAAAGUGCAUCCGACCUGCGACAGGCACAAAGUCAUGCAGCAUUUGAAGCUGCUGUUCUCAAUCUACGAACCGCUUUCAUUUCCGAGAAUGACUGCAAUCUAUUGUGGGAGACUGAUGUGCCGCUAACCCUUCAAAGGAUUCUUCUUUUACCGCCUGCAAACGUGGACGAUGCCUUGCUGCUUACUCAACUCUUGCAUUUUCUGGCCGAUAUUUUGAUCUACCCCGGCAUCUUCUCUCAUUUUGAAAAAGUGUUGCUGUCAUCAUUCGAGAAGGUUCUUCUCCCAAUUCUUUGUAGUGGGUCACAAGAUGGGACCUAUCAUGAAGCUGACGCUUCAGUUGAAUAUUUGGGGUCGUCGGCCUUCAUGUCGGAAAUCCUUGCAUUUUCUCGAAAGAUUCUUCAUGACGCAUCCGAUGAGGAUGUAAUGGCAAGCAUUUCUAGAACUGAUGCCCUCAGUUCUUUGUACAUUCUUGGACAACGGCUAUUGGACGCCAAGGGGAUAGCAAGUCCCCGAAACUGCAUGAACUGGCUGAUGAUACUUCUUCGCUGCGUAAGCUUGUGUGGCAUCAUGAGCGCGGUCAGCGGCGAGGUCAUGAGUGGCAUCAUCAGUAUACUUGUUCACACACUUCGGUCAUGCCAGCAAUACCCUACACAACCUGCCAAUCCUCAUCACUCGUGUCACGAAAGCCGGGGCUUGUACAGGUUGGCAGCUUUGUGCUUACGUAGUAUCAGUCGAACAACCUUCAUUGAAGCGACCGGUGAAGUUGCAUGCGCAUGGGGCGAGCAUUGGAUGGUGGAGGGCUCGAUAGAUUGGAUGGUGGUUCUUCUUAACGACCAUGAAGAACUUUUGCAAAAAGUUGGAAUGGGGAUUUUGAGUAAUCUCACCAUGGUCGACGACGCUCGGCCACUUUUGGAAAACCAGCUUCCGCAUUUCCUGGACGUGGCCUUUGAGCAUGUGAUGACGGUCAAUACGAGUCCUUCAAUUCGGAAAGAGUCUGUGCUUUUGGUAAAGAAUUACGUGGUGAGGUCUUGCCAUGACAUGGACGGCAGGUUCAGUAGUGAUACACAGCAAAGUAAUGGCUUUGAAGAUGCUGUUCGAAAACUGGGUACCGCUCGGCGAGACGAUGUACUGGCAAUGUUUGAGAGAUAUGGUUUUUUUGCACGUCUUAAAGAUGUUGUUGAUUGCGAUGACAUUCUUGUGCGAUGUGCCGUCUCGGAGCUUCUAGUCAGCCUGUCCAUUCUUUCCCCGGCAUUAAUGCGACAUGCCCUUUGCGAGGCCAAUGCGUUGCCGUUCUUGCUCACAUACUUGGAGGACAAGGACAUCAAGGAGUGUCCGCCCGAGGAAGACACUUACGCACUUUAUGAAAUAUUCCGAAGGCAGCUUGUACAAGAUGCUGAUUACGAGAUUCUCAAUAGCACUAAAUGCAAUGUUCUCCGAAUCCUAUGGCUCGUGUCAUUUGGAUCGCCUGAGAUUCAAGCUUAUCUGGUGGAUGAGACCUUUGUUCUCAAGCAGUUGGUUCGUGUGCUACGAGACCUGUGGGACCAUUGGAAAGAUGGGCAUCUGAGGCAGGAGUUGCUCCAAAUUCCUACUAUUGCACUCGCAUUACACGUCUUAAAGGAAUUGCUAUUCGUGUCCGCCACGCGAAGGCCGAAGGAGCUCGAGACGACGUUUAAGACAGAACAGAACGGGUUGACGAUCUGUCAGCUGCUGGUGGUCAGCAUGCGGCAGACCUUAAGUACUUCGUUAGCCCGAGUUGCCUGCCAAACACUAGCGAGGAUCCUGUCUUUGCAUUAUAGCGUUACCGUCGACCUGGGCUUGGCGGAUAUUCUAGAUCAUGAGAUGCGCAUCUUUGAGGGUGGUAAUGGUCCUAUUGGGACGGUGCUCUUCGAACAGCUUGUUCAUGUCCUGUUCAGACGGUAUGAACUCGAAGACGCUGCAUACAUGGAGUCAGUGCGGAUCUGUUUACAGUGUUUAUUGGGGUGCUGUAACUCCGUGAAAACUCAUGCUGUGCAAGGAGGAUUUUUGUCAAAUCUUCUAGAACGCGCGCGGCUUGCAUUAGAUUGCACAUCUAGACUGGAUGGCCCACAGGAGCAAGAGAUGUUUGUCAUUGUUACUCUUUUGCGGCACAUCCUGGCUGGUUCUACAGAAGCGAAGUUAUCUGCAACCAAAGAGCGGACGCAUGUACUCCUUCACCAUAUCCUCUCGAGUAAAGAAUCCAGCGAUGUGUUGGCACAGGAGGCGCUUCACUGCUUGCGUAACUUGAUUGCCAAUUGCAACAAUACAAAGAGAGUCAUGUUUGAGCAAAUGCGGAUAAAAGGACGAGAUGCAAGCUUGACUGAUAUUCUGGUCAGCAUGGUUCGUAAGAAGACGAUUGAGCUGAAUACAUACAAUGGUUGUCUCGAUGUUCUGAAGAUCCUUGCGCUGCAUGGGGAAUCUCGUGCUGCUAUGUGGAAGACAAAUAUACUGGUGGAUCUGAAAAACGUUCUAUCUUGGUUGACCAAGGUGAAAGAUUACCCGAGGGUGGAGACUCUCCUGUCAUUGUACUUGAACUCGACCUUUGCCUAUGACGGGCAAGUAAAUGUUAUGCGAACGCCAGAGCUGUUCGAUCAACUCGUACAAUUAUUGACGGUGCGGUCAAUACACGUCAAACGCACUACGGUAUUGAUUCUACGAAACUUGGCGAUUGCCAAGGAAAAUAAAGCUCAUUUUCUACUCCACGGCGAAGUCCUCUCGAUUUUAUGCGACCUUUUGGGAGCGAAGUCGCUUGAGAUUCUUUCACCAACGACUUCCCUGAUUCGAGGAUUACUCUGCGACAGUGAAAAGGCCAAGGUUGCACUGAAAAAAGCCGAUGUCAAACGACAUCUGGACUCUCUCAAUCAUAGGCUUCAUUCAGUCUACUCUUGGUACCUCAAGCGAAGUGAUGGACGACCAGGAACGCAUGACUCAAAGGACGACAUGUCCGAGCAGGACGAAGAGUAUCUCGAACAGACAUUGUCAAAUCUUGCGAUUGUAAAUAAGUUAUUAUUGAACUAGAAAGCAGAUAAUACUAUACACAAAAUUGACUUCAACGAAUUACACAUCAAAUUCUCAAGCUGAUA